ACAUCACCUUCUUAUCUCUUCUUUCAAUAUUCAUUUUCAUUUUCACAACAUAACAUAAAACAUAACAUCAUCGGCAACACAAAUAGAUAACUACCGAAUCAAUGUCCAUCUUCCAUCACCACACUCUGUUUCCAAACACAACAAUGGCUUCAUGUACCGCUUCACCUUCAUCAUCACUCAUGUUAACUCACCCUACUUCUUCCAUCAUCAUCAAUUCACAAGACCAUUCUUCUUCUUCUUCUUCUUCUCUUCGAAUUUCUAGAACCUUCUUUUUAUCUCCUCUUGUUUUCAAAUCUUCUAAGUCGGUUAAUCUAAGUUACCAAUCUAAGUCUUGUUUUUCCAUUGCUGCUGCUGCUGUUGCUACUGAUGUAGCGGAAACUGUUGAUGAAGAUGAGGAGGAUGGUGUUGAGGAAGAGGAUGGUGGUGCUACUAACACUGUUGUUGUUACUACUAAGCCUAAGAAAGGAAAAGCUGCAUUGCUUCUUAAGAGUGAUAGGACAAGAUCUAAGAGAUUCUUGGAAAUUCAAAAAUUGAGGGAGAUUAAGAAAGAGUACGACUUGAAGACAGCAGUUUCUUUGGUAAAAGAAACAGCUAAAACAAAGUUUGUUGAAACAGUAGAAGCCCAUUUCCGCCUUAACAUUGACCCUAAAUAUAAUGAUCAACAAUUAAGAGCUACGGUAAAUCUGCCAAAGGGAACCGGAAAUCCUAUUAAAGUGGCUGUUCUUACUCAAGGUGAAAGAUUCGACGAAGCAAAAAAUGCAGGAGCAGAUAUAGUGGGUGGAGAGGAUCUGAUAGAACAGAUAAAAGGAGGAUUUAUGGAAUUUGAUAAAUUAAUUGCUUCUCCAGAUAUGAUGCCUAAGGUUGCUAUCCUGGGUAAGAUUCUAGGGCCAAGAGGACUCAUGCCAAAUCCAAAAGCUGGCACUGUAACAGCUAACAUUCCUCAGGCUAUAGCAGAAUUCAAGCAAGGAAAAGUUGAAUACAGGGCAGAUAAAACAGGAAUCGUGCAUUUACCUUUUGGAAAAGCCGAUUUUCCAGAAGAGGAUCUUGUUACAAACUUGCUCUAUGCAAUAAGAUCAGUAGAAGCAAACAAACCAAAGGGUGCAAAGGGUGUAUACUGGAAAAGUGCACACAUAUGCUCAGCAAUGGGACCUUCGAUUAGGUUAAAUAUCAAGGAAAUGCUUGAUUACAGGCUCCAAUCAGAAUAGAGCACUUGAUUGAAUAUGCUUGUUUUGAUUUAGUGAGCUUUCUGAGUCAUAUCUUGCCAAAUAUGUUGUCAAAAGAUGUUAUCAAGGUUACAUACAUGGAUGAACUUGGGAUAGUUUGGUUGGUUAUAUCUUUGUGUUAAAAAUCUCCACCCAAAAAUGUGAUGUACACAACAUAGUCUUUGACUCAGGAUGAGGAUUUUCUGUGUAUUAUUAUUAUUAUGUAACUAACACCUUAGAUUUCAUUAUAUUAUCUUUCUAUGAUAAUAAAUUUUCAUUUUUGCUUUUGAUAA